AGGAUUUUAUUGAACCCUCUUCGAAUAUUACUAAAUCCUCUUCAUCUAUGUAUAUAUAUUAAAAAAUAAAAAAGCUAUCUUUAUCAGUUUUGUGGUUACCAAUCCCCCUUCAAAUUCCCUCCUCCCUCCCCUCUGCUUCUCCACCUAUAAGAAACCUAUACGUAUUUUGUUUCUCUCUUCUUCUCCGUCGCCCCUCCUUCGCUUCUGUCUCUCUCUCUCUCUCAGGCACAAUUACAAACACUUGGUGUACAAGAGUUGUCGCACAUCCAAGAACCAAUCUUAUUUACGGUUCGAAGAAAACCCAUUUGUCGAUACAUAAGGGGGUGGGAAUUCAAAUAUGCAGCCUUCUACUGUUGGGCAAGAGCCCGCGAAUCCGUUUGGUUUUGUAUCCCAAUUCGGCUCUUUCGUAUUCAAUUCUUCUAGGCUCAAUCCGGAUGUGCUCUCCACGUGUUUGUCGAAUUGCCUGUACUUCGAUGCCAAGAAGAAGCCCAUGGUGGUUUCAGCUUCGUUGAGCCUGAGCACGAAAGGUGCUGCAUUCAACAUCAGAAGUGCGAUAAAUCAAUUCAAUACUGCUAUUAGAUUCCACUGCGAGCGAAUCCCACUCGGUUUCGCUUCGGUUAGGGUCGAUUCCGAGGAGAGUAACGGGAGUAAAGACGAUGUAAACGGGGUUUUGGAUGAUUCCGAGGGAGUUCCGACCAAUGCGGGUGCUUCUAAUUCUCCGAAAAGGGUUUUGAUUUUGAUGAGCGAUACUGGAGGGGGGCAUAGAGCUUCGGCCGAGGCCAUUAAAGCCGCUUUUGCUGAAGAAUUCGGAGAUGAAUAUCAGGUUUCGGUGACUGACUUAUGGACGGAUCAUACACCAUGGCCCUUUAACCAGUUACCGAAGAGUUAUAACUUCCUCGUGAAACAUGGUACUUUGUGGAAAAUGACGUACUAUGCUACUGCUCCACGUGUUAUUCAUCGGACCAAUUUUGCUGCUACCUCUACUUUCAUAGCUCGGGAGGUUGCUAAAGGAUUAAUGAAAUACCAGCCAGAUAUUAUCAUCAGCGUACAUCCUCUAAUGCAGCAUGUACCGCUUCGUAUUUUGAGGGCCAAGGGUCUUUUGAAGAAGAUUGUUUUCGCCACAGUGGUAACUGACCUGUCUACGUGCCAUCCUACAUGGUUUCACAAGCUCGUGACAAGGAUUUAUUGCCCGUCAGAAGAGGUAGCAAAACGAGCAGUGAGAGCUGGUAUUCAGCGCCCUCAGAUUAAGGUCUAUGGCCUUCCUGUACGACCCUCGUUCGUUAAGCCUGUUCCUCCCAAGGAUGAAUUGAGGAAGGAGCUGGGGAUGGAUGAACACCUCCCUGCAGUGUUGCUAAUGGGUGGAGGUGAAGGCAUGGGGCCCAUUGAGGCAACUGCUCGAGCACUUGGUGAUGCGUUAUUUGACGAAGUUAACGGAGAGCCGAUUGGUCAGAUUCUCGUAAUUUGUGGACGGAAUAAAAAAUUAACCAGCAAGUUGCAAUCAAUUAAUUGGAAGAUCCCCGUUGAGGUGAAGGGCUUCGUCACUAAAAUGGAGGAUUGCAUGGGUGCUUGUGAUUGCAUUAUCACUAAGGCUGGUCCAGGAACAAUUGCAGAGGCUAUGAUUCGGGGGCUUCCGAUUAUCCUAAACGAUUACAUAGCUGGACAGGAAGCUGGGAAUGUUCCGUAUGUCGUUGAAAACGGAUGUGGGAAAUUCUCAAAGUCUCCGAAAGAAAUAGCGAAAAUAGUAUUUGAGUGGUUUGGUCCGAAACAACACGAGCUUUUAACAAUGUCGGAAAAUGCGUUGAGGUUAUCGAAGCCGGAUGCCGUGUUUAAGAUUGUGCAUGAUCUUCAUGCAUUGGUUAGACAGAGAAAACUUGUAUCUCAGUACUGCACAACUUGAUAGUGUUAUAUCUUGGCAAUUAUUUCUCUGCUACUGGAUAAUAUUUUUUAUUUUAUUUUAUAAAGAAAAUGAGGUUUAUUGUUAGUUGGAGUAGUAACAAUUUCAACUCAUCCUAGCUGAGUUGAUUGAUUAUAGUGUAAUAAUGAAGUCUCAUGUGGCUAAAAGCACCAAUUCCUUGCUAUUUACUAUUUUCACUCCUUGUA